UGACUCCAGCCUCAUCAUCACCAUGGAGGACAGUCAGCUGGAGGUGAAGGCAGCGAGGAGGAGAGCAGUGAGGAAGAGGAGAGGGAAACUGACUGAGGAGGAAGAGGAGCAGGGGGGCGGAGGCUCAGAGAGCGACGAAAAGGACGAGAUGGAGAUUGACAGACAGCUGGACCAAUCACUGGAGACAAAGUCCAAACAACACAACCUGACCACAGUGAACGUCCGAAACAUCAUCCACGAAGUAAUCACUAAUGAACAUGUGGUGGCCAUGAUGAAAGCUGCUAUCAACGAGACUGAGGCCGUCCCCCCAUUUGAGCCGAAAAUGACUCGAUCCAAGUUUAAAGAAGUGGUGGAGAAGGGCGUGGUGAUUCCAGCCUGGAACAUUUCUCCCAUCAAGAAAACCAAUGAUGUCAACAAGCCUCCUCAGUUCGUGGACAUCCCUCUGGCUGAGGAAGACUCCUCUGAUGAAGAGUAUCAUCCUGAUGAAGAAGAUGAGGAUGAGACAGCUGAAGAUACGUUCCAGGAGAGCGACAUGGAGAGCACAGCUUCGUCUCCCAGAGGAAGUCGUCUGAGCAGAGUGGAGGAGGACAGCUGCAGCAGCCCCUGGCAGACUUCUCGGAGCCGGUCCAGGAUCUCGAGGAUGAGGUCUGGCUCAAUGGGCCCUCCCCCUCCUCCCAAAGCACCGCCCUCCAAAGCAGUGACCGACUGCAUGUUUCUGGAGAAACUUCAUGCAGUGGAGGAGGAGCUCGCCGUGUGUAUGGAACCAUACCAGGGGGAGGUCUUCAGUGGUGGGACUCGGUCAGGGGGUCCUGAAUACUCGGACAGUAAACACACUCCUCUGUCGGAGUCAGAGGACGAAGCGGGUCUGAUGGCGUACCGGACUCGGUCCAAGCGUCCUCUACGUGAUGUCCCACUGGGCCAGCUGGAGGCGGCGCUCCAAGCCCCCGACAUCACACCUGACAUGUACGACUCCAGCUCCGCCCAUAAGGACAGGGACUGGACUGAUUGGCUAAGAGGCCUGAUGAGCUCAGACAUGGAAAAUGAAGAAGAGUGUGAUGAUGAUGAUGACCCAGAGUACAACUUCCUGGCUGACGUUGAUGAACCUGACCAGGAAGAUUACCGUGACGACAAGGCUGUCCGCAUCACCAAGAAGGAAGUGAACGAGCUGAUGGAGGAGCUGUUUGAAACGUUAAAAGAAGACCUUGCAGGACAGGAAGGGGAUGACGAAGGCCACGAGGAAGAGGAGGAGCCACAGGAUGAAAUACACCCUGUGCAGGCACAUGCUCAGGAUCAGCACAGCAUAGGGCUGGUUGAUGAAGAGGACGGACCAAUCACAGAGCUGCGUACAGUAAAGCAGCAGCUGGCUUGGAUGAGGAACAGACGGCAGACACACCCACUGUGUAACACACACGUAUACGGUCCUGAACCUUACACACUGAAACUGGACAGAAAACAACAGAGCAGACUAGAGCAGCAUCUGCAACAGCACGUUCAGCUGCUGAGUCAGAUUCACCUGUUGAGUUCACCUGUGACCAAACUUCAGAGUGAGGCUGAGACCACCAGACAGUUCCUGGUUGAGUUGGAUGUGUUGGCUCAGAGAGCCGAGCUGCUCAUGUCGUCAUCUCGUCCUGGUUUCUGCAGCGUCUUUAGAUCGUCCAACCUGCAGGGGGCGCUGCAGCUUCUGGAGGAGCUGCGGCAGACUCCCAUCAGCUACCAGUCGCAACACUUCCCACCUGACGCCAGAGGUUACAUGCGUUGUUACCCCGUGAUGCCGGCUGAGCUCGCCUGGCUCUUUGCUACUCGCCCGGUCUUCCUCUAUCCAGAGCUACUGCCCUGUGCCAGCCUGGACCCUGCUCUAUACUGCCCCCGCAGGACAGCUGCAUUCACUGCCGCUGAGGACUGUCUCCUGGUUCUGGGUCUCAGGAACAUGGAAGGGUCAUGUGACCCGACUAAGCUGGUGUCUCAGUUCCUCCUGAGGAAGACUCUGGUGCAGGUCCGACGUAGAAUCCUGCAGUGCUGCCGACCUGGUGUCCCUGAUAAUAUAGUAAAGGUGUUCCGGUAUCAUCGGGUGUUGUGGCCAAUGCCCGUGGCCUGUGGUCCUGUUAAUCAAGCAGAGCGACGCCCCCCAGUGGAGAGAGAGGAGAGAGUCAUGCCUCUGUGGCUGGUGCGGAGUCUUCCUGUCAUCUGUCCAACCAUAAAACGUUAUAAUGCCCCUCCUGGCUCUACACCUGAGGCCCCGCCCACCUGCAGGGGAGCUCGACCCCGUCACAGUCACCUGACCUUCCUACGCUCCGGUUCUAACAACUACAGCUUCCCCUCUGGGACAAGAUAUCCCCCCCGCCUUCCCAAAGACCUCGACUUCAAACGCAUUGGCUUCGUCCUGCUGCAGCAGCCCCUCCCGCCUUCUCCUGCUGACCCCUCCCCCCUACUCAGCGGACAGGUGCACCCCUCUGCACCUGCCUCUCCUCACAAACCCUGUGACGCCCCGGCUCUCAGCCCCCAACGACUCCUCCUGACCAGAAGUGACACCCCUGCUGCCUUCACUAAUGCCGCUGCUGUCUCCACGGCAACCACAGAGCAAAUCAGACGCCACUAUCAGACCCUCGUAAGUCUGAGGAGGAGAAGGAGAGAGAAACACACCCUGACCGGAGGAGCAGCAUGGAAUAAUGUGGAGGCACUUGCUCCUCCUCCUCCUCCUGAAGGCCCCGCCCCUUCUCCAGUGGGGGGGGAGGAGGACGACGAUGUCGUCAGUGUGAAUAUGGAGGAAGAGCAGAGCGAAUUCCUUCUGACCCUGUCGGAAUCAUCGUCCAGUGCUGCAGGAAGUGUCGAAGACCUGGCUGACCCUGAGGAGGCGGAGUCAGGGAGUGAGCUGGACGUGACCCCGGUCACAGCAGCAGAGGAAGAAGGAGGUGAUGAAGAUGAUGAUGAUGAUGGAGCGACGUCUUCUGAUGAAUCCAGAGCCUCCAUCGUCCAGCUGCAGGAGAAACUGUCCCCAGAAGAAACUGAGGAGGAAGAGGAGCAGGCUGAUGAAGAAGAUCAGAGGGAGGAUGAAGCGUUUGCUCAGGAUUAUCUUAACAGAGUGUGUGAUGCGGUGCAGGAGUCUCCAGGCGUCUCGGAGCAGCUGCUGCAGUUGUUGGAUCAGUUUACAGCAGCGGGGGCCCUGGAUGCCUCGGGGGCCCCACAGCAUCUGUACGAGAGACUGAGCUGUUUGCUGCGUCCGUGGCCUCAGCUGCUCAGAGACUUUGCUGCUUUCCUGAACCGAGAACAGGCGCGGCGCUGCGGACUGUUGUUGGAGCAACAGCUGUUUGAGUGCAGCCGGCGGUUUCUACGGCGACUGGGGCAGAGCCUGGGAGAAACCUCCUCCCUCUACCAGCAGGUGGUGUCAGUGUUGCAGGGAAGCCCCACCCCCCCACCUGAAGACAUGGACAAGGUCUCGUCUCUUCUCCGACGUCACCCCGACCUGCAACAGCUUUUCCUGCAGUUUCACACCCACUCGUCGCCCGUAGCGACCAGCUCUGAGACCAUGAAGACAGACUCGGGUUUCCAGAGUCGUCCUUACAGGAAGAGAAUCAACCGUCAGACAUCUGAAGCGAGUGAGACAGGAAGCGAAGGAGAGAAAGAGGAGGAGGGGCCAGUUCGUGCCAGAAACAUCUCGACGACGUCCACUGGAGAGAAAGUCGUCGUCUGGAAUCGUGAGGCAGACCGCGCCAUCUUGACUGCCUGUCAGCAGAGAGGAGCCAAUAGGAAAACAUUCAGACAGGUGUCCGCCCACCUGGGAAAUAAGACCGCCCAACAGGUGAGUCUGCGUUUCCACGAUCUGAUGAAUCUUUUCCAGUCUUCAUCGCAAAAGACCACUUCCUGUUCCUCAGAGGGCCAGCCAAUCAGGAGGCAAGAGCCAGCCCCCGACUAAGCAAUAGACCAAUAGUAGAUGAGUCUGCAGUCAACAAGGAAGUGGACUUCAGAGCCAAGAGACUGAUCCAGAUUCACUUGAUGAGAACUCCUCUGAAUUCCAGAACUGUCUGAGUUCACGAACAUCGGUCAUGAAUCAGUUUUAUUGAUUCUAGAUUUAAUAAGAAUGAUUCUGAUAUGACUCCAGAAUCCACAGUGACUGUUUCCUCAGUUACUGUAGAAUUCUAGAAGGGUCCAGACUCUACAUAUAUAGAUAUCUUUGUUCUCCAGAAAUUUGAUGUGGAUUGUCCAAACUUCACUGUUCAAAGUUCUGUUUGACAAAUCUAUGUAUGAACUAGAGCAAUCACAAAAUGUCAAGAAUUCUCUGGAAAAGAUUGAUCUCAUUGAUCUCAUUGAUCUCGGACAUGAUUUGGUUUGAAGAAGAACUGAACUCCUCAUUUCGGAACUUUCUAGAAUUCAGUUACUGACAGUUAUUGUUCUAGAGUUCAUCCUCUGUGAUUCUUGAGUUUUGAAUACAUAAAGAAUACACAAGUUUACCUUCAGGCUGCUCAUGCUACUUUUUAUAAGUUCUAAUUAUUUAUUAUUAUUUAUCGUCUCUGACCUCAUCCAGAGUCCAGCCUCUGUGGGUGUGUCUGGAGGCACAGUCUCAGUCAUUGAGGUCAGACAAAGGAAAACUCAAAAACUCAAAUUAAAUGAAGUAAAGAUCUGCAGCUGUAAACCAAUCACAUGACAAGUGAACAGCUGCUCACACCAUGUGAGACACAGUGUCCACAUCUGGACAACAGAUAGCUGCUGAUAGCAUCUGUAUUUAUCAUCGGUCCACGUGUAAACUGAAGGAGCAGAGACGGAGACGACCUCAACAUGUUUGACCUCGUGUGGACAUCAGCUGAGACCCUGGGCUUUUUUUGUGGAGAUACAGUAAAUUUAAUUUAGAUCAAGUUGACCGUUAGUGUUCCUCUUAGACUCCGCCCACCUGCUUAGAAACCACAACAAAUACAGAAAUAAAAGAUAAAACAUUUCUUUUUUCUUAAGAGUUUUCCCAGGAUGCAUUUGGGAGGAUGUACUGUAAAAAAAACAAUUCAUCCAUAUUAAAUGUGAAUGACUGAAGCUUGAUUGUUUGAUAAAAACCCUUUUUGUUUAUAUUUAUAUGACCUGAAAACUUGAGUUUUGUCCUGAAUUUACAGUUUUAAAAGUUUUAAUUUUCAUCUUGAAGAAUAAACCGAUUCUUGUUUCCUUCAAAUGUAAAAGCAACCCGAAGACAAAUUCAAUUAAAAGUGAU